ACCAGGCUUGCAGUGUCUAAGGUUACCUUGAAGCACCCCAGCAUUUCUCCCGUCUCACGCUCAUGUGAGGCACCAAUAACAUGGGCUAAAUUACCAGCACUUAUUUGCUGCAUCCCCUGCAAGAGCCUGAACUCCCCUGUUUACGGCCAUGCCCUAACAUCCCAUUCUCCCCCAGCCAUGAUCUCAAAUCCGGCACUUUGAAAACCCUCAUCCUGCUUUUCUCACAAGAUUGUGAGGAUUCACCUGUGGAUUAAAUGGGGACAACAAAAAAGAACAUCUUUUCCUGAGUGGGAUUUAACAUCAACUGGGUGAAACGGUCCAAAUAAGAUUGGGAUACACAAGCGAAAUCAAAGGACACUCGGCUGAAGUACCACCAUGGCUCAGGCAACUAAAGGUCCCGUGGUGAAGUCCAUCCCUCCCACUGGUGUAGCUGCCCCGGCUAGAACAGCACACACAGACUCACUUACUGCCGGGAGCCAUGGAAUUUUACGAAUCAUGAAUCGCCCGGCACAGUGGGUGGUCAUCAUCACACUUCUGAUUUCUUGGUCAAUAGCAGGUGUUGUCAUGUUUGAUUUUGUCAGUGACGAUCAGAUUGCAAGCAUCCAGGAUUUUGGCUCUGAUCCAGUGCUAGCAGUGAGCAAGGCCAUCGAAGGCAUUGAAAACUGGAUAAACCAUAUGAACGAUAUGCUUUAUGAUGCUCACGAGUACAUCACUGAAAUAAUAUUUAAUCCGAGGGAAGCUAUUAGUUUAGCAGCUGACUCAUCUGUGUCUUAUCUGUCAGGAAUAUUUAGUGCUGAUGGAGAUUCAGGAGUCACUGAAACAGUGAAAUAUGGUGGCACUGUAUUGGAUGAGGCUACAGAAUGGAUCAGAACCCCAGUGAGCUACUUAUUCCACUUGUUUGAAGACAUAUUGGAUAUAGUGAUUACUCCAGUGGAUAUGGUCACUGAAGUUGCUGUGCAAAUUUUAAGUGGGAUCAAGACCAUUAUACAAUAUAUUUCAACCAUGUUUGGGGGCAUUGAAGGGGAUACAGGCAUCACUGAAACAGUGAAACUUGGUGGUACUUUAUUGGAUGAGGUUACUGAAUGGAUCAGAUUCCCAGUGGGCUACUUAUUCCACUUAUUUGAAGGCAUCUUGGAUGUAGCAAUCAUUUAUCCAGGGGACAUUGCCACUGAAGCAGUUCUGCAAAUUUUAAGUGGGAUCAAGACCAUUUCUUCAACCAUAUUUGGAUACCUUGAAGUUUGGUUUCCCAAAAUGAGCACUGGUCCCGCAGAACUGGCUGAAAUUGUUGUAGAGAAGGCCACAGACAUAAAGACCACUGUCUCUAAUUACCUAACCAGUCUGUUUGCAGUGGAUGAAGGUGGUAUUCCUGACAUUAGCUUUGAUCCCAUGAAAGUUGUCACAGACACUGUUGAGGAGUUUGCUGACAGGAGGGAUAUGUUCUUGGCCUAUCUCUCCAACAUGGAAGACAAAGAUGACACACCGCAAGUGAUAAGACGGAAAGGAGAAUUUCUGCCCCCUAUGGAAAAAGUUGCAGAAAUAGUAGGCAAAACACAGGACCCUGCUUAUGCUGCCUACAUUGCUGUGAGAUCCACAGUGAAGGAGACAGACAACACUAAAGUAAUAAAAGAGGUUGAGGAGGAACAUGGUGAGCUGGAAUCUGCUGAAGAUGCAACUGAAAAAGCUCAAGAUAUACAAGUAGAUGUUACAAAGGAGGAAGGAAGAGUUGAACCAGCUGAGGACAGCUCUGAUGUCACAGUUUACGAUGAUGAGGUUGUCUCAGAUGUCAUGGAGGAGGAUAAAACUCCUGGAACAGUUGAAGAUAUUUUGGAUGUUACAGAGGAGGAACCUUCUGUUAUGCCAGAAGUCAUAGAUGAGGAAUUAGCUACUGAAAAGGUUGAAGAUAUCUCUGAUUUCAUAGAGGACAAGUCAGCUAUGAUGGCCUCUGAUGCGACAGAAGACACUGAUGAUGCCUCUGCAGUUACAGAGGAGAAAGAAACAACUGAAACAAUUGAAGAAGCAGCAAUUGAAACAGCAGAAGAUACUUCCAAUAUUACAACCAAAACUGAAUUGAAUACAGAUGAAAAUGAAUUUCAGAAAAUUCCCAAUAUUACAGAGGAGGAUGCAGAACUUGAAACAGUUAAAGAUACUUCUGAUCUCAUAGGUGAGAUAGAAGAACCUGAGACAGAUGAAUAUGCCUUUGCUGUCACGGAAGAAACAGCUGAAGAGUCACUAGAAGAAGAACAGCCACCAGAAUUGACUGAAGCUACUCAAGAUACCAUCUGUGUGAAGGAAAAGAUUGCAGCAAAAGAACUCAAUGAUCAUGAAGUCCCAGGUAAGGAUGAAUUAAAAGAGGAAGAUAAGCAGAGAAAGGAAGAUGUGGCAAUUGCUGAUGCUGAAAACAGCACAAAAAACCUGGAGAAUGAGGUAGAUGAAGAUGAGGUUGAGGUGGAGACUAAAGAUCAAACUAUCUUGGGAACAUCUGCUGGUGAAGAUGACCUUGACAAUGAAGAGGAGCUUGUCCUUUCUCCUGUCCAGCAUGACCUCACAGACAGAAAUGAUGAAAAUAACAAUAACAAUGACAGGAUGAGAGAUGCCAUAAAAACAGGCCUGAGCAGGAGAAAAACAUCAAAGAGCCAUUCCAUUGGCACAAACCACCAAGAAGCACACGAGGAUCUUCAUGAAGAGUCUCACAAAGUUCUUGAACAAGUGAAAGAAGCCAAAGAGAAAAAAGCUAGAGAGGAGAUAUACAAAAUCAUUCAAGAUAUGAGGGAAAAGAAGGCUGAAAGUAAAGAGGAAGAGAUAACACUGCAACGAAUAAACAUAACAGUAGAAAAAGUCAAGAAGAAAAAGGAGAUAGAAAAGGCUAAAAGAAAAGAAAAAUCCAAAGAGGACAAGACUCGAGAACCAACAGAAAAGGACACCAAGAAAAAAACUGAGAAAAAGGUCAAGGUGACUAAAGUGGGCGAGGAACCCCCUCUAAAAAAGAAGAAAUCUGAAGCUAAAAUGGCCAAAAAAGAGACCAAACUAGCAACAUCUAAGAAAGAGCCUCGAGUUACAAAAGAAAAGGCUAAACCAGCUCGUUCAAAGAAAGAAGCUGAAGUUGCUGUUAAAAAACUAAAACACGCUCCUGCAAAGAAAGAGCCUGAGGUUUCCAAAGAGAAGGCCAAGCUGAAGCCCUCAAAGAAAGAAGCUAAAGCUCCCAAGGACAAAAUUAAACCGGCCCUUUUGAAGAAAGAGCCUGAUGUUUCUAAGGAGAAAGAAAAACCACCAACUGCAAAGAAAGAAGAAAAGCCAACAACCGCUAAAAAAGAGCCUGCAGUUGCAGAAGAGAAAGUCAAACCAGUGCCCUCAAAGAAAGAUACUAAAGCUAUUAAGGAGAAAGUGAAACCAGCCCCAGUUAAGAAAGAGCCUGAGGUUUCCAAAGAAAAAGCCAAGCCAAAACGUUUAAAGAAAGAGGCUAAAUCUGUUGAAGAGAAGGCAAAACCAGCACCAGCUAAAAAAGAGAAGGAGAAACCUCCAAAGAAAGCUGUAAAAGAAAAGCCCAAACCUGCUUCUGUAAAGAAAGAACCUAAAUUUCCAAGAGAGAAAGCAAAACCUAAACCUUCCAAAAAAGAGGCAGAAGUUGCCAAAGACAAGCAUAAACCUGUCACUGUGAAGAAAGAACCUGCUGUUGCAGUUGAAAAGGCAAAACCGAAACCUGCACCAAAGAAAGUUACCAAAGAGAAAGCUAAACCAGAACCUGCAAAGAAAGAACCUGAGAUAACCAAAGAAAAACCGAGAGCACCAAAGAGAAAGGCUCAAGUUAUUAAGGAGGAAGCUAAACCAGCUCCUGCAAAAAAAGUCUUCAAAGAUGUUAAACCAGCCCUUAAGAGAAGAGAGGCUAAAGUAAUGAAGAAGAAAGUUAAACCGACUCCUGUAAAGAAAGAGCCUGAAGUUGCUAAAGAAAAGGCACCUGAAUCAGCACCAAGAAUAGCACCUAUAACCAAAGAAAAGCCAAAGCCAGCACCAAAGAUAGUGGCUAAAGUCAUCAAGGAGAAACCUAAACCAGUUCCUGAGAAGAAAGAAGCUGUAAUCAUCAAAAAGAAAGUUAAACUGGCUCCAGUAAAGAAAGCACCUGAGAUAAUCAAAGAAAAGCCAAAGCCAGCACCAAAGAAAGAGGCUGAAGUCAUCAAAGAGAAAGCUAAACCAACUCCUGAAAAGAAAGUCAUCAAGGAGAAACCUAAACCAGUUCCUGAGAAGAAAGAAGCUGUAAUCAUCAAAAAGAAAGUUAAACUGGCUCCAGUAAAGAAAGCACCUGAGAUAGUCAAAGAAAAGCCAAAGCCAGCACCAAAGAAAGAGGCUGAAGUCAUCAAAGAGAAAGCUAAAGCAACUCCUGAAAAGAAAGAGACCGAAGUCAUCAAGGAGAAAGUUAAACCAGCCCCUGUAAAGAAAGUUAAAGUUCCAAAGGAAAAGACAAAACUUGUCCUUGAAGCAAAGGAACCCAAAAUAACUAAGGAAAAGCCAAAGCCAGCACCAAAGAAAGAAGCUUUAGUCAUCAAAGAGAAAGCUAAACCAGCCCCUGUGAAGAAAGAGUCUGAAAUUAUCAAGGAAGAAAGAAAGAAAGCUAAACCAGCUCCUAAGAAGAAAGUGGCUGAAGUCACCAAGGAGAAAGCUAAGCAAGCUCCGAUGAAGAAAGAGCCUGAAGUCACUAAAGAAAAGUUAUUAGAACCAACUCCAAAAAAAGAGCUCCUGAACUCUAUCAGCCAAAAACUGUCUCUUCUGGAUUUACUGAGGAAGGACAUUGGUGAAAUGAAGAGUGAUCUGGAGUCCACUCAAAAUCAAAUUACGCUUUUACGAAUGGACAACAGAACAAUCAAAGAGCCAAAGACUGUUGGUGUAAAGGUAAAACCAGCAGUCUCCAAGGAAAAGGUCAAAACAGCAAAAAAAGACCAUGAUGCUCUGAUGAACGUUACAGCACAUAUUAAAGCAGAAGCUGAAAUCAUCAAAAAGAUAAAAGAUAAAGUUAAACUGGCUCCUUUAAAGAAAGAACGUGAUGCACUGAAAAACAUCACUAAACCAGCACCUGCAAAGAAAGAUAAAGAGGCUCCAAAAGCUAAGAUCAGACCACAGCCCAAAAAGAAAGAAAUCACCCAUGAGAAGGUCAAACAAGUAAAGGAACCUUUACAGAAAGAACCUAAGCAGGUCAAAGAAAAAGUCGAGCCAACUAAGAAGGAGGCUGUUGUGGGCAAGGAAGUAAAAGGAGAAGAACCUGAUGUCUCCAAAGAUAUUCCAGAGAUGGAGGAUGAGGAUGUUCCCUACUUCCAGUGUUUCUUUGUGGAUGAGGAUGAUACUCAGUAUCCAUUCUUCCCCUUUUCACCACCGCUGUGGUGAAACUAGCCAAACCUCGUAUUCUGAUGUUAAACAACAUGGCAAAGCCAGUGAAGACGGACCUCUGAACGCUCUGAUGCAGUGGAGAGCUUCACAGUAGGUCCUACAGCAUUACACCAGCAAUGACCAAGAAAUGUGAAAGAGAUUUAAGUUACUUCCUGGAUCUUAAAACUCGAAAACUUCCUUCUCAGAUUCUUUGUCAUUUUGAAGAACAGAGUUUGCAAAUAUUGCGCUAUUUAUUAUAUCAUCUUAAGGCUAUCCAUCUUUUUAUUAAUACCAUGGAUUUGCCUUUUGUUUCUGAAUGAUUACUAUCUAUUUAUGAUUAAUAUAUAUGUCCAAGAAGGACAGGAAGAAAUGAAAGAACUAACUUCCUUUCUGAACAUGCAUUGGGGUUCAGGAUUGUAAGAUUAUAUAGUCUUUUAUAUAAACAUGAGGCGUGACCUCGUUUUGAUGGGGUGCUAAUUCUAAGCAUUCCACUGUGUUUUCUGUCAGAAUGGGGUUUGGAAGUUGUUCACGGUUCGUACAACUGGAAGGAAGGAUAUAAUAAAACAAGAAAUAUGUAAACUAUUUCAUAUAUCCUUUCUUAGUGAUACCGUUUACUAAACUGUUUACAGAAGUAACAGCUGCACUGAGAAAUACGGGCUUUGGACCGUAAGCUCAGUUCCUCAGAAUGUAUACAUCAUUUUAUUUAUAUAUUAUUUUUAUUUUGUUUUAUUCCUCUCUCUUUUUUAGCUUUCCAUACAUUUUACUUAAUAUAACUUGCCAAAUGUUUUAUAAAUCUAUACUUCAGAGGAAACAAAUAUGUUUUGUUCAGUGCUCUUUAUAAAUGAUUUUGCAUAACAAAAUUAAGAUAAGCUGUUGUGCUAAAUCCAAGAAAAAGCAUCAAACAUCAAGGCAACUACGUUGUUCUAGUAUAUCACAUUGCAAACACUACUGUUUUUACUUUUAUCUGCAUAACAUUAAUAGUUUAUUUAAGAUAAUGUCUGUAAAAAUGUGGGUGUGUUUUUGCAAUAUUACAUGGAUAGACCUACCUAAUAGAGAAGAGACAAUUAAAUAGCAUUCUGAAUUGUGUAACAAAAAUUGUCUGUUCCACAUUAUACUCAUACAGAAGAUUUUUUUUUAUUAUUAUGGGAUAAUGUGUCAAAUUAAAUUUAUUGCAUGCAACCACCGUGUGUUUCAACACUGCCCCUGGUGGCUCCCUGGCUCAUUACUCCAUUGCUUGAUUUAAUGAUAUUGAGUGUUUAAUGGUAUGUACUAGUGAGACACACCAUUAAACUAGUGUGCCGGUGGGCUGCCCUGGAGACAUUUCUUUUACUGCCACUGUCUUUUCUGUAUGAGUUCAGCAUGUGGCUCCAUUGAACAUAAACUCAUGUCUGUACAAAGAGCUUUUUUACCUCUGAUGUUAAGUAACUUAGGGUGAUCGUACGUUCUGUUUUUCCCAGACAUGUCCUGGCCAGGAUUUCUAAAUUGCCUAAAAUGUCAUUUUUUUGACUUUCUGAAGGUAAUGACUGUAAAGUAGUUUCACCAGCAUGCAGGCAUUGUGCUUAAUCGACCAGUUGUGGCCUGCGAGAAGGUGGGAUCUACAGAGAAGAGUCAAAGCAGUGCAAAUACAUGUACACAUAAUGUCUGAGGACUCUAGAGAGGAAACGCCAAAACCUGGACAUUUUAGGCAAUGUAGAAAUCCCGAUCAGGAUAUGUCUGGCAAUAAGAGGAUGUAUAGUCAACUGUACAAAUACAUAUUGUAGCAAUGCUCACUUGUAACAGAUAUACAGGUCUUUUUUGGACUUUUUUGGACUUUUCAAGUAAAUUAUGAGCUUGUUGGUGUGUUCUCAAGCAAACUGUGAAGCAAUGAAUAACAGCAUUUUUCAAUAGUUCAUAUAGUUCUUUAAGAUAUGUGUACUGUUAUUUUAAACCUAAUUUACAGUUCAUAUUUGAAAAAUGUUCCUCAAAGAUAAUAGUUUGCAUGAUGUUUGCAUGAAUUUUGUUUAAAAAUGUAUCUAAACCAGACCAUAUUUAAUUUGUGUGUGUUUUUAAUUGGAAUUACAUAAUUUCAUUGAAAAUGUAUAAUGUAAUAUUAUAUUCAUUUGGGUUUUUUUUUUUUUUUUUUUUUGUUUGUUUUUUUGCAUGGUUUUGAAGUUAGAUGUUGAAAACAUUCUCUGUACAAUGUAUAGCCAUAAACUGAAAUCAUAUUUAUAAAGCUCUAAACAGAAUCAACAAUAUGGUCUCCAGUCAAAAAAAAAAAGGCCUGUAUGCAACUGUAAAUGCUAUUGUAACUGUAAUACAGACUUGAUACAGUCUGAUUUAAGUUUUAGAAUAAAUAAAUGUUUGCAAUAAUCACAA